CGACCAUUUUGUGAAAGAUCCAUAAAGGAACUGUUUCCUUCUGCUUUGGAGUCUCCACCAUAAAGUCAACGACGCAGCCAAGCUUUUGUCUAUUUUGAUUGAAUUCUUCGCCGAUGAUUAUGAAAAAACCUAUGAAAUUGCUUUAACUUCAAGCAAAAGAACACAGAAAAUAAUGGACUACCUCUACCAAUGACCACGAAGGAUUUCACUAUAAAACAUGAAAUUGUUUUAAUUUCAUCAUCCUCUGUCCUUUGAGAUAACCAGCUGUUCUAUAAAAUUGCGCAGAAAUGGCAGAGGCUCUGGUUAAGUUCUUCCUACAGAGGUUGGAAUCCCUGUCACUUCAAGAGACUCGGACCUUCGUUGGCCUCAAUGAUCAAAUCCAACAUAUAAAAGGCUCACUCCGGGAGUUUGGGAAGUUUUUUGGAGACAGUGGCAGCAGAGACAUCAAUCAUGCUUUUUCUACCUGGGUCAACCAACUUAGAGAUUUGGUUUAUGACAUGGACGACCAAGUUGAUGAGUUCAUCAUUCAGAUGGAUAAGCAAAUAGGAUCUAAUAGGUUGACGUUGACAGAAUGCUUCAGGAGUGAACUGCAGAAGAUAGAAUCUCAACUUGAUGAACUCAUCCGCCGAAUGGCAGAAUCAGGCAUAGAAGAAGAAGAAACUGGAGAGCAAAAACAUAACAAGGAACAAUCUUAUGGGAAGGAAGAAAGUCAGCUGGAACUCAAUUCGGCAACCAUUGAAGGAUGGAAGGAAGAGAAUGAAGGUGAAGAGGUACAAGCUUCCGGACAGAAAGAUGCUCAGACAUCACCUGCAUCCUCCUCGGUAUCAUUCAACUUAAAAUACAAAAAUUUACCUUAUUACCUUCAAUCUUGCUUGACAUACUGUUGUAUAUUCCCUGAAAAUUACUGGAUACAUAAGGGGAAAUUGAUCCGUCUGUUGGUAGCCGAAGGUCUGGUACAAGGAAAAACAGGACAAAUAUUGGAGGACACAGCAGAGGAGAACAUAAAUGAGCUGGUCAACCAGGGAAUGCUUCAAGUGAAGGAUGAACACCUUCAGAAUGGAACUAAAUUCACUGUUUCUUCUCCUUAUCGCAUGUUCAUUCGUGAAAAUUUUGCGACUACUCUUGCCAAUUCAGAUUUGACUACGCCCUCUGCAGCACGGCACGUUUUAACUUCAGAUAUCAUGAAACUCGGGCACAAUUUAAGCAAUCUCCGACCUCGGUCAUUAUUCUUGUUUGGGAAUGAAGAUCAUUUGGAAGGACAUUGGCUGGAUUUGACAUGGGCAAAGUUUUUACGGGUGCUAGAUCUAGAAGAUACCAAAGUCCAGAGGUUACCAGAUGAAGUGGGAGACCUAAUUCAUUUGACAUAUCUCGGCUUGAAACACAGCAACAUAUAUGAGCUUCCAGCAAGACUUGGUAAAUUACAAGCACUGCAAACUUUAGAUAUCAGAUGGUGUGGGAAUUUAUCAACACUAUCACCUGAGGUCCUUAGUCUUGCAAGAUUAAGGCAUCUCAAAAUGUUAAAGAACAUAAAUGUUAGUGGGAUGAAGCUGCCAGAGGGAAUAGGAAGAUUACGAAACCUCUUGACACUCACUGGUAUGCAUGCUGGGGGUGGCAUCGCAGAGGAAUUGGAUAAGCUGACUCAGCUCAGAAAACUUGGAGUGAUGGAUGUUGCUGAAGAGAACGCUGGUGAGCUAUACACCUCCAUAAUGAAGAUGCAAGGUCUUCUUUGCCUGUCUCUAGAAGCAAAACAUACUUUCAACAAGCAACACCUUGUGCUCUUGGAUUCAUUCCUGCCUCCACCUUCUCUAAGGAAACUUCGCCUGGAGGGCUUACUAGAUAAGAUACCUGGCUGGCUUGGCUCACUGGAAAGUCUUACAAAGUUAAGAUUAGGUUUCUCCCAUUUAUCCGAGAACCCAACAUCCGUUCUUCAGCUUUUACCCAAUUUGAAAAUCUUAACCUUGUGGCAUGCUUAUGAUGCACAGAAAGUAGGGAAAGAAUUCUGCAAAGCAGGUGGAUAUCCAAAGCUUGAGGUUCUCAGUAUUGCUUCUCAUGUUCUUGAGGCAUGGACAGAAAUUGAAGAGGGAGCACUGCCAAGCUUACAAUACCUCCACUUCCACAACUGCUUGCGUCUAAGGAUGCUCCCUGAAGGUUUGCAGUACAUCACUACUUUGAAGCAGUUGGAUCUGCUGCCUUUGCUUGAUGAACAUGCCGAAAGGUUGAAACCUGAUGGCGGAGAGGAAAAUCACAAGAUCAGAAACAUCCCAAAGAUUUCAUUCAUCCCCAUGUCUGUUUUGAAUUCAAUGGUAGAUUCCCAUCCUUGCCGCCAAGGCCAAGUGACAUCUGAAGAAUAAAGUUCUGGCCUAGCGGCAUGCUUAUGUUUUUCAGGCAAAUAAUCGCAAGUUAUUCUGAUAAUGGUAAAGUCACUGUAUGUUCUACUGUACUUGUUAUUAUGCAAGUAUACAUGUAAUGUCUUCUUACUGCUGUUUGUUAUUCAUGUGGGAAAAUUUAAGCACAAGAAAUUCUGAGAUUCCUGCUGAUUAUG